AUGGGGAAGAACAAGAAAUGCAAUAGGACUAGCCCAGGUGCUCAGAUUCUAGUCAAUCCUACAAAGCAGCCAAAAAUUGAGGACUAUGAGAGGAACAAGAAAACUAGAUCUAUCUGUAGGCUCCUAGUUAGCUGGGUUACUGCACACAUAUUCCUGCAUAAAAAUGUCAAUUGCUGGUGGAUACUCAAGUUUUGUCUGCUUGUUUCUUUUGCUUUUUUUUCAGCUGUAUUCAGGGUGAGUGUUGUUCAACCUCAUUACUCUGCAGAAUAUGGGAGCAAUGUGACUAUAGGAUGUCGCUUUCCAGCUGAUAACUCCUUGAAUCUGACACAUUUAAAUAUCUUCUGGCAGCAAAAACUGUCAGAGGAACCCAAGGAAGUUUACAAGCUCCAAAAUGGACGAGAAGACCUCUCAGGGCAACACCAACAUUUUCAAGGAAGAGCUACAUUGCUUCAUGAGGAAUUGAAAAGGGGCUAUUCUAUGCUACAUAUCACCCAUGUAAGGAUCACAGAUGCUGGAUGUUACCUUUGCGUUGUUAACUAUCAUGAAGCUGAUUACAAGUAUAUUGACUUGAAAAUUGAAGCACCUUACAAGAGGAUAAACAUCCAGGAAAGAAAAGAAGAAGAGGACCACAUCUUAACUUGUCAAUCAGAAGGGUACCCCCUGGCUAACGUUUUUUGGCUUUAUGAAGAGAAAAUCAACAACUCAAUAUUUACAAACACUACAUAUACUCUGACAAAUGCAGGACUUUUCAAGAUAACCAGCAUCUUGAGAAUCAGACCAAGUAUUCCUGGAAAUUACAGCUGCGUAUUCCAAAAUAAGGAAUCAAGGCAAACAUCAGCUCACAGAACAGUAUUUCCAACAGGUAAAAAGAGUAAUGCGUUGCUUAUGUGGGAUUUUAAUCCUUGCAGAAAAUGA